AUGUAGGUGUCUGUCCAAGAUGGUGGCGUGUGUCCACGAUGGCGGCGUGUGUCCACGAUGGUGGCGUGUGUCCCAGAUGGCGGUGUGUGUCCACGAUGGUGGUGUGUGUCCACGAUGGUGGUGUGUGUCCCAGAUGGCGGUGUGUGUCCACGAUGGUGGUGUGUGUCCACGAUGGCGGCGUGUGUCCCAGAUGGCGGUGUGUGUCCACGAUGGUGGUGUGUGUCCACGAUGGUGGUGUGUGUCCCAGAUGGUGGUGUGUGUCCACGAUGGUGGUGUGUGUCCCAGAUGGUGGUGUGUGUCCACGAUGGUGGUGUGUGUCCACGAUGGUGGUGUGUGUCCCAGAUGGUGGUGUGUGUCCACGAUGGUGGUGUGUGUCCACGAUGGUGGUGUGUGUCCCAGAUGGCGGUGUGUGUCCACGAUGGUGGCGUGUGUCCACGAUGGCGGCGUGUGUCCACGAUGGUGGCGUGUGUCCACGAUGGUGGUGUGUGUCCCAGAUGGUGGUGUGUGUCCCAGAUGGUGGUGUGUGUCCACGAUGGUGGUGUGUGUCCAAGAUGGCGGUGUGUGUCCACGAUGGUGGUGUGUGUCCCAGAUGGUGGUGUGUGUCCACGAUGGCGGUGUGUGUCCCAGAUGGCGGUGUGUGUCCCAGAUGGUGGUGUGUGUCCACGAUGGUGGUGUGUGUCCACGAUGGCGGUGUGUGUCCACGAUGACGAUGCUUCUCCUCUGUCAGAGGGGAGAUGGGGAGUUCCCUGGGCCCUGGCAGGCUGUGGCAGCCAGGGACACCCCCACUGGGGGCAUUUACCACCAUCAUUCCUGACCCCACAGUCUCUGCGGGGGUCACUACCUCUAGGCCAGGCCUCCCCAGGGACGCUGUUGUCUCUUCCUGGGUACCAGGGAUUGACUUAGCGCCAUCAUUGCCUCCCUUCCCACAGUCAUCGUUGCUGGCAUUUUUCCUGAACUUCCUGUGGGCAGGAUGGUUUUUGGACUCUGCCCCAACCUUCAGGGCUCUGGGAACCCUCUCACACUGUUGGCUCCUGGGUUCAGGGCCCAAGUCAAUACCUCCCUGCUGGCCUCUUUGUUCCUGACUUCUUCCUUUGCCAGUCUCUUCCCUCGAGGGCCAAGAAGGCCCCUGGUCAGUCCCCGAAGGCCCCUGGUCAGUGCCCGGCCCCCCAGCCACACUUACAGAAAGCCCUGGGUCUCAGGUUUGAGGUGGUCCCCUCCAAGUUUAAAGAGAAGCUGGACAAAGCGUCCUUCGCCACUCCAUAUGGGUACGCCAUGGAGACCGCCAAGCAGAAGGCCCUGGAGGUGGCCAACCGGAUGCACCAGAAAGACCUGCGGACCCCCGAUGUGGUCAUUGGAGCGGACACGAUCGUGACGGUCGGGGGGCUGAUUCUGGAGAAGCCGGUGGACAAGCAGGACGCAUACAGGAUGCUGUCCCGGUUGAGCGGGAGAGAACACAGUGUGUUCACAGGUGUCGCCAUCGUCCACUGCUCCAGCAAAGAACAUCAACUGGACACCAGGGUCUCGGAAUUCUACGAGGAAACGAAGGUGAAGUUCUCGGAGCUGUCUGAGGAGCUGCUCUGGGAAUACAUCCACAGCGGGGAGCCCAUGGACAAAGCUGGUGGCUACGGGAUCCAGGCCCUGGGCGGCGUGCUGGUGGAAUCUGUACACGGGGACUUUCUGAACGUAGUGGGAUUCCCGCUGAACCACUUCUGCAAGCAGCUGGUGAAGCUCUACUACCCGCCCCGCCCGGAGGACUUGCGGCGGCGUGUCAAGCACAACUCCAUCCCCGCCGUGGAUACCUUCGAAGACCUCAGUGACGUGGAGGGGAGCGGCUCGGAGCCCGCUCAGAGGGACACGGGCAGCUGCGAUGAGAAGGCCCAGGCGGGAGAGGCGGGACAGGCCGCGGCAGAGGCUGAGUGUCACAGGACUCAGGAGACCCUGCCUCCGUUCCCGACACGCCUCCUGGAGCUGAUUGACGGCUUUAUGCUAUCGAAGGCCCUGUUCACCGCUUGCAAACUGAAGGUGUUUGAUUUGUUAAAAGAUGAAGCACCCCAGAAGGCUGCGGAUAUUGCCAGCAAAGUGGACACCUCUGCGUGUGGAAUGGAGAGGCUUCUGAACAUCUGUGCUGCCAUGGGGCUCCUGGAGAAGACAGAGCAAGGUUACAGUAACACAGAGACAGCGAACCUCCACCUGGCAUCGGACGGUGAAUACUCUCUGCAUGGCAUCAUCAUGCACAAAAAUGACCUCACCUGGAACCUCUUUACAUACCUGGAGUUUGCCAUCCGAGAGGGAACACACCAGCACCACAGGCUGUUGGGGAAGAAGGUGGAAGAUCUGUUCCAGGACGCGUACUACCAGAGCCCGGAGACGCGGCUGAGGUUCAUGUGGGCCAUGCACAGCAUGGUGAAGCUGACUGCGUGCCAGGUGGCCACGGCCUUCGAUCUGUCCCGCUUCUCCUCCGCCUGCGACGUGGGAGGCUGCACGGGUGCACUGGCCCGAGAGCUGGCCCGUGAGUACCCUCGUAUGCAGGUGACUGUGUUUGACCUCCCGGACAUCAUCGAGCUGGCCGCCCACUUCCAACCCGCCAGACCGCAGGCAGCGCAGAUCCACUUCGCAGCAGGUGACUUUUUCAGGGACCCCCUCCCCAGCGCUGAGCUGUACGUCCUGUGCCGGAUCCUGCAUGACUGGCCAGACGACAAAGUCCACAAGUUACUCAGCAGGGUCGCUGAGAGCUGCAAGCCAGGGGCCGGCCUGCUGCUGGUGGAGAUGCUCCUGGAUGAGGAGAAGAGGGUGGCGCAGCGCGCCCUGAUGCAGUCGCUGAACAUGCUGGUGCAGACUGAAGGCAGGGAGCGGAGCCCGGGCGAGUAUCAGUGCUUGCUGGAGCUGCACGGCUUCCACCAGGUGCAGGUGGUGCACUUGGGGGGUGUCCUGGAUGCUAUCUUGGCCACCAAAGUGGCCCCCUGAAAUCCAGGCAGCAUGUUCAUUAUAGGGAUGUCCUCCCCCAGGCUGCAGGUGGACUGCCCGGUCCCCAAGUACCAUAGGACAGUCACAUAGGAGCGUGUAGUUGUGACUGAAUAAAGAAAGCAAAAGCCUG